AUGCCAUCCGAGGCCAAGGUUCACCCUGAACCAUCCGAGGCCAAGGAUCACCCUGAACCAUCCGAGGCCAAGGAUCACCCUGAACCAUCCGAGGCCAAGGAUCACCCUGAACCAUCCGAGGCCAAGGAUCAUCCUGAACCAUCCGAGGCCAAGGAUCACCCUGAACCAUCCGAGGCCAAGGAUCACCCUGAACCAUCCGAGGCCAAGGAUCACCCUGAACCAUCCGAGGCCAAGGAUCACCCUAAACCAUCCGAGGCCAAGGAUCAUCCUAAACCAUCCGAGGCCAAGGAUCAUCCUAAACCAUCCGAGGCCAAGGAUCAUCCUAAACCAUCCGAGGCCAAGGAUCAUCCUAAACCAUCCGAGGCCAAGGAUCAUCCUAAACCAUCCGAGGCCAAGGAUCACCCUAAACCAUCCGAGGCCAAGGAUCAUCCUAAACCAUCCGAGGCCAAGGAUCACCCUAAACCAUCCGAGGCCAAGGAUCACCCUAAACCAUCCGAGGCCAAGGAUCACCCUAAACCAUCCGAGGCCAAGGAUCAUCCUAAACCAUCCGAGGCCAAGGAUCAUCCUAAACCAUCCGAGGCCAAGGAUCAUCCUAAACCAUCCGAGGCCAAGGAUCACCCCAAACCAUCCGAGGCCAAGGAUCACCCUAAACCAUCCGAGGCCAAGGAUCACCCUAAACCAUCCGAGGCCAAGGAUCACCCUAAACUACUAUGUAGCCACGUGAGGCGGAAGGUGUUGGUCAUCGUACAAGUGAUCACGCUACACAAAAGAGGAGAAAGCUAUAUCAAGAAUAAUAAGGAAGUGUGCGAAGAAUGCAAUAAAACCUUCCAAGUUUCUAUGUUUCUAAGAGUGAAAGGGAACUGUUCCAAGACCUACGACCUGUAA